AUGGCAAUUUGUAAGGAUUACAUUGACACUUUUAAUACACUGUACCGACUAAAGACCAACGAUGAAAGCCAAAUCAAUAGAAUUUACAAUGAUAUCAAAAAUAAUUUGAUUGAAACAAAAGCAUUUUUGCCAUCUAAGAUUUUAGAAAUAAUCUCAGUUGCAUCGAUAUUCAAUAAUAGGUUCUUGAAAUCAUAUUGGACUAUUUUCAAAAAGAUAUAUGAAGAAUAUCAGCCAGCUCAAAUUCCUUCUUUGGCAAUCCAUUUUGGUUACUUUUUUUACAAAGAGUAUGGUAUUGUUCUAGAUCCUGUUAGUAAUAAUUACAUGGAUAGAGCCAAAAUAUUUCACAAUAUUUUACCAAAUAAAACUAAACGCGAGAGGAAACAAUGCGAAAACUUUAGAUAUAAAUUCACAGGUAUCACAUUACAUGAUGCAGGAGCAAGAUUCGCAGACAUAAAAUCUCAAGACCCGCAAUUAGAGGUUCAUGCAGAGCACACAAUUUUCCGAGCAAUAAUGGAUGAUGAUUUAGAAUCAUUCAUUCCUUUUACAGAAAGAGAUGAAUUUGAUAAAGAUCAGAAGCUUAAAAGCUUUCUAUAUCCUAAUUCAUACUUAGGAUUAUCAUUACUUGAAGUAUGUUGCUACCACGGAUCAGUUAAUUGUUUCAAACUAUUAAGAACAAAAUUUAAUUCAGAAAUCUCUCAAAUGUGUCUUCAAUUAUCAUUUUUGGGAGGAAAUCCAGACAUCAUCAGUGAAUGCUUGAAAGUUAAGAGGCCUGAUAAAGAAUGCAUUAAAAACGCCAUUAUUGCACACAAUAUAGAUUUUGUUACUUUUUUGAGAGAAGAGCAUUUCUCUCAAAUUGAUAUAGAUGAUUGCGUGUUUUAUAAUAAUCUUCAAGCAUUUUUGGUUCAUAUGGAUCUCACUCGUGAUUUCAACAAAGAUUUUGUUUACUCAGCUUGCUUCAACUAUAUACCACUUUGUGAGUAUUUACUUGCACAUGGCGGAAAUCUUAAAUUCCCUGAUAAAGAUGGAUGGUCAAUUCUUCAUAAAGCAGCUUUUAAUAAUUGCAAAGAAGUUGUUGAAUUUCUUAUUUCACGUGGAAUGGAUGUCAAUACAAAAGACUACAAUAAAUGCUCAUCUAUUCAUUAUGUAUCAAUCACUGAUUAUGUUGAUAUUAUAGAAAUGCUUAUUUCUCAUGGAGCAGAAAUAGACUCCAAAGAUUACGAAGGAAAGACUUCACUUUUUUAUGCUGCUGUAAAUAAUAAACGAAAAUUAUCGAGGUCCUUCUUUCGCAUGGUGCGAAUAUCAAUUCAAGAGAUAAUUAUAAUUGCAGCGUUCUUCGUUAUGCCAUUUUCCAUGUUAGCAUUGAUUCCGCUGAAGUUCUCAUUUCACAUGGAGCUGAUGUCAAAGAAAAGGACGAUCAAGGACAAACUUUCAUUCACUAUGCUGCAAAUUCGCGCCAAAUGGUAG